GUGAAGCAUACACCUUUUCAUGUCAACAAUGGAAAUGUUGCACAAUUAUUGAAAAUGAUAAAGCAUCUCAAGAAUACAUGAUAUCGCAUGCAAUGGUAUUGGAGUCCAAGGACGACAAGGGUGUGGAGGGAAGCAAAGCCCCUGAGGAGGACAAGGAAAAUAAAGCCUCCAGCACUCCAGAGGAAGAAGACUCCACUGAUGAUGACUCCAAUGAUGAUGAUGAUGAUGAUGAAGACUCGGAUGAAGGCGACGAUGACGAUGACGAUGACGAUGAAGUAAAGGCCAAGGGCAAGCACUCUUCCAAUAAAUCCUUGUCCAAAGAAGAUGAGGAUGAUGAACUCAAUGAAGAAGAAGGUAGCUGCCCAUUAACUAAAGUGACAACGGUUGUGUCCAAAACCGUUGAUCAAUACAAGGAGGAAUGGACCGAUAAGACCAUGAUUUUAUACGCUCUAUUUCAAAACGUACUGAAAAAAAACAAGAAGACCUACCAGCAAGACUGCCGUUAUACCUUGAAUGCUUUGCGCAAGACCAGCGCUUUCAAAGGGGCCAGGAUCAAAUUUCCGGUUUCCUAUUUUCCAAAUCCCAAGGCUUCUGCAAAUUCCAUCUUGUUUUUGAACCGCAGCUACUUGAUCAAAUCCGAAGGGGAGCCAAGUGACAAAUCAGGUGAGGAAACAGAUGAUGGUGAUUCCAGCUCUAGUUUGGACUCCUCUACCAGCCAAGCAUUCACCUUCUCUGGUGUUGAGAAAUAUCGCAAAGACACCAUGGAAAAGGUUGAGAUCACAUGGCUUUCCUUUCAGAUCAUCAAGUAUGUAUUCAGUCCCACUGCUGGUCCUUUAGGAGCUGUGAACGAGCAAAGCUUUGUGGUGUACAGCCAAAACAUGAUGGCUGGCCGAUGCAAAACAAAGUCUGACAUUAUUACGUUGUUGAGGGGAAUUGGUGUUGUAUUUCACUGUCCGGAGCGGAUCCAGAAGUUCAAGAUAGAGCUUGACAAAUUUGGAAAGAUCCACAUGAUCCAUCUGCUGCAACCGCCUUUGCAGAACAAGUUGGAAAGUGGGCACUCCAAACUAAACCCUCAGAACGGACUGAAAAAGAACCAGAAAAGACCACGGGGGCUCUGGAAGUCGUUGGUUCUUGCCCGAAUUUUUUUCCUGUAUGUCAACUCUGAUCCUAGAGAAAUGAAGCGGAAAGGCAAGACCAUUCUCAAGAAAACAAUGACUUCAUUAAUGUUUGGCACCAUGGGGCAACAAAAACAGGCAAGAGCAGAUUGUGAUGCAGCUGGCGGAGACAAAAAGGAGGACGAUGCCACCAAUGAAGAUGGUGAUGUAGAGGAUGGUGAAGAUGAUGACAAUGAUGAUGAUGUGGACGACGAUGAUGUAGACAACAACAAGGAUGAUAAUGAAGAUGACAGUGAUGGCGAUGAUGAAGAUGCCAACAAGGAUGAUGAUGAAGAUGACGACAACAACACUGCUGCUGGUGACCUUCAUGAUUCAACAGGCAGGUAA